AAAAACUUACCUCGACAAAAUUUCAGCCAGUGCCACAAUUCUACCUGUCACAAUUAAUAAUGCCAUGGCCUCAUCUUCAGUAGUAGAAGAGGAUGAUAAUCCCCUCAACGAUGAGCUCCAGAAGGAAGAGCUUGUUGCACUGUCCUAAGACGAUGCUUGCUAGUCGAUAUUUGGACAAACCUUUAUGUACAGCAGUCAUAGGUUGACUACAGGGGUAGAACUCAUAUCCGGGACAUUAUCUGUCAGUAUCGAAAUCCCGAACGAUACAGUCGAGGUCAUACUAGAUCAGGAGAAAAUGCACCUGCAUUAUUUGCCACCUAUCAUCAUUGAAUUCACUAUGACUCCGAGAUACCCAUUGCAAGACGUCUGCAAAUUUUCUAUUCAAAAUGUGUGGCUGAACAAGGAUCAAUUGAAUGUGCUGAAAACUAGACUUCACGAGAUAUGGGAAAGCGAGAAAAACGUGAUACUUUACAAUUUUGCGGAUUUUCUCCAACAUGAUGCUUUGAGUUGUCUAGGUGUAUCAUUCCCUUUGGAGCUGAAAAAUGUGACCUGCAGCGGCGGAGUCUCUCUCAAAAAGAUCUUAGAACAGCACGAAAAAUCUUGCCUGCAAGAAACGUUCGUGCAUACCAGCUACACCUGCAGUAUUUGUAUGGAAGAGAAAAAAGGGGAGUCUUGUACACAAUUAUCCAGAUGUGGGCAUGUCUUUUGCAAAGUCUGUCUGACUGGCUAUUUUGCUAUGCUCAUUAGAGAAGGAAUGAUCCAUCAAGUUCGGUGUCCUGAUUUGGAGUGUAGUGCUAAGAAGGAAGACGAUAAUGAACCUCCGUCGCAAGAAGAGUUAAUCCUCAUUGUCGGAGAAGAUCUGGCAAAUCGAUACGACCGCCUACAGCUGCAACUAAAAUUGCAAGCGGAUCCGUCAAUUACAUUUUGCCCUCGAUUACAAUGUCAACAACCAGUGCUUAAGGACCGUAAUUAUGAUAAGCUCUGCAUUUGUUCUGAGUGUGGAUAUGCAUUUUGUUUGAUAUGUCAAAAGACAUGGCAUGGCAAGCAAGUUCAUUGCCAGUUUAAAGAUACACCUGCAAUCCUGCAACAAUAUCUUGAUUGUGAAGAUGAUCCCGAAGAAUUGAAGAAAUUAGAGGCCAAAUAUGGCAAGAAAAACUUGGACAAACUGGUCAACGACUAUAAAAUAGAGAUGGAGACAGAAAAAUGGAAGAGAGAAAACACCGUGGAGUGUCCUACGUGUCAUAUACCUGUUGAAAAGACGUUUGGCUGCAAUCAUAUGACUUGCCAAAUAUGCCAAACACACUUUUGCUUUUUGUGUGGAUCUUGGGUUGAUCCAAGUCAUCCUUACAAACACUUCAAUAUGCAAGGCAACCUUUGUUACAUGCGCCUGUUUGAAGGUGCUGGUGAUGUUUAUAAUUUAGAUGAAAUGGACCUAUUGGAAGUGCAUGAUUAAGUUAUAUCUUCUAUGCGUCAUGUUAAAAAUUAUAUAUAAAUUCCAUGAUUUGGCAGCAUUUCACAAAUCACUGACAAAUUUCUGACA